UUAAACAUGACUGAAAAACAAAAGGUAUUAAUUUGUGGAGACGUAGAAGGUCAUUUUAAAUUUUUAUUUAAUAAAGUUGAAGCUAUCAAUAAGAAAAGCGGACCUUUUGAUUUUUUAUUAUGUGUCGGAAAUUUUUUCGGCAAAAACAAUACGGAACUCGAAUUGUAUAAAAAUGGUAUGAAAAGUAUAUCUGUUCCGACAUAUAUUAUUGGCGCUAAUAAUGAAGCUGAUUUAAAUAAUUAUCCGGACGUUGAUGGUUGUGAAAUAUGUCAAAAUCUUACAUAUCUUGGAAAACGUGGAUUAUACACUGCUAGUUCUGGACUUAAAAUAGCUUACAUUAGUGGUAUAGAAAAUAAUUCUUCAGAAAAAAAAUCUAUUUACUUUAGUGAAAGUGAUGUUGUAUCGAUUAAGCAGGCUUGUUUAAAAGGUCAACCUAGUUUUCGUGGAAUUGAUAUAUUGAUGAGUUCCCCUUGGCCUGCUGGUGUUACAAAUUUAGAUCCUAAUAAACCAAGUUUCAAAUACGAUGGUUCAAAAUUAAUUUCAUGGUUAGCUGCUCAAAUAAAACCAAGAUAUCAUGUAUCAGGAUUAGAAGGAAUUCAUUAUGAAAGACCUCCAUAUAGGAAUCAAAGUCUCCAAGAUGGAAAUAUUGAAAUUGCGACAAGAUUUAUAGCUCUUGCACCUGUAAUGAACAAUCAAAAGAAAAAAUGGUUGUAUGCGCUAAAUCUCACUCCUGUUGAUAGAACUCGUUUGUCUGAUUUAAUAACAAAAACUACCGAUGAAACAGAAAGCCCAUAUCCAAGAUUAAUGUUAUCAAAUGAGCCAUCUCUAAAAAUACUAGAACCAAAGCAUACUCAGUUCUUUUACGAUAUGGAAGUUCAAGAAACUACCAAAAGAUCCAAAUCUUCUGAAGGUUUCCAUAAGAGACCAAAACUAGAAUUUGAUCAAGCAAAGUGCUGGUUUUGUUUAUCCAGCCCUGAAGUUUCUAAACAUUUAGUAAUAUCAGUUGGAACAGAAAUUUACGUUGCACUUGCUAGAGGUGGGUUAGUUGAAAAUCAUUUCUUAAUUCUACCAAUAACACAUCAUCAGAGCCUUUCUAUAUUACCAAAAGAAGUAAAAGAAGAAAUGGAUCAGUACAAAAUUGCUAUAACCAAAUAUUAUGCCACUAUGAAUAAAGUACCUGUAUUUUUUGAACGUAAUUUUAAAACAUCUCAUUGCCAGUUGCAAGUAGUGCCAGUUCAUGAAAAUCAAGCACCAGCUUUGAAAGAAACAUUUGAAGAAAUGGCAGAGUGCAACAAUUUUGAAUUAACAGAAUUACCUCCACACGCAGAUUUGCAGCAAAUUGCAAAACCAGGUGUUCUCUAUUUUUAUGUGGAAUUGCCAGGUGGAGAAAAAUUAUAUUAUAGAAUAAAAAGAGAUUUUCCACUCCAAUUUGGUAGGGAAGUAUUAGCUUCAGAUCGAAUAUUAGAUCUUGAUGAUCGAAGUGAUUGGAAAGAUUGUCAAUUAGGAGAAGAAGAAGAAACUGAAUUGGCAAAACGAAUUAGAGGAGAGUUCCAACCAUUUGAUUUAGAUAUUUAG